GCGCGGGCAGCAAGGCCGGCCCCCCGGGCCAGGCCGAACGAGUCGAGCGCGGAGCGAGGGAGCAGGCGCAGGCCGGCGCGGAGCUGUCCCUCGGUAGGGCCUGGCGUGGGCCCCGGGCCUUCCAGCUGGGACUCUGCGCCUGCUCUCCCGGCGGCCGCGGUCUCGGCUGCUGCGCGCCCCUGCGUGUCUGGUUGUCCAUGGGCGGCGGCUCGGGCCACGAUGACGGACUACGGCGAGGAGCAGCGCAACGAGUUGGAGGCGCUGGAGUCCAUCUACCCCGACUCCUUCACAGCUUGAUUGCAUAUUGAUCCAACCCUCCUAACGAUGAGUCUCCCAAAAUAUAAAUGGACUUCCUGAUACCAUUCUACUUCUGUAGUGCUUCACUUGACAAGGUGCUGUCGAGUAUUAUCAGAAAAUCCACCCAGCUUUACCAUUACUGUGACAUCUGAGGCUGGAGAAAAUGAUGAAACUGUCCAGACCACCCUCAAGUUUACAUACAGUGAAAAAUACCCAGACGAAGCUCCUCUUUAUGAAAUAUUCUCCCAGGAAAAUCUAGAAGAUAAUGAUGUCUCAGACAUUUUAAAGUUAUUAGCAUUACAGGCUGAAGAAAACCUUGGUAUGGUAAUGAUCUUUACUCUAGUGACAGCUGUGCAAGAAAAAUUAAAUGAAAUAGUAGAUCAGAUAAAAACUAGAAGAGAGGAGGAAAAGAAACAAAGAGAAAAAGAAGCAGAAGAAGCUGAAAAGCAAUUAUUCCAUGGCACUCCUGUUACAAUUGAGAAUUUUUUAAAUUGGAAGGCCAAGUUUGAUGCAGAACUCUUAGAAAUUAAAAAGAAACGAAUGAAAGAAGAAGAACAAGCAGGAAAAAAUAAAUUAAGUGGGAAACAGCUAUUUGAAACAGAUCAUAAUCUUGACACAUCUGACAUCCAGUUUCUGGAGGAUGCUGGAAACAAUGUGGAGGUGGACGAGUCUUUGUUCCAGGAAAUGGACGACCUGGAGCUGGAGGAUGAUGAGGGUUAUCCAGACUACAACCCCGCUGACCCUGAGAGUGACUCAACUGACUGAUGGACUGUCCCCACCUGCAGGAAGGCCGGAAUGUCACAGCAUCUGUGGCUGCACUCGGAGGAUUUCGAUUUCCUUUCUUUUUUCUAGGAAAAAAAUAAUUUUCAGGAGAAUAUUCUUCUGAUGGCUUUCAUCAUUGAACUUAAUAAACUGACCUUAAAAUUUCAAAUAUAAAA